CAAUCAUUCAUAUAUGGUGAGUUGGCAUGUUGCAUCCGUAGCUGUAGAAGUAAGGUCCACCUUCAAAUUUGGAAGCAAUGGCUCUCAUGGCCGUCCAAGGUCUGUCACGCAUCCCCAAUCCUGCAAAUCUGAACCUCCUUCCCUCACCCACCGAUCCCUUCUCUGUGAGACCAUUGCAAAGACGAUGUUUAUGGCAACCAUUGAAAAUAGAAGCUAGAGGGAAUACUCGCACAGAAAAUCAUAAAGUAAGGAAUCGGAGGAUGCAAAAGAAGUUCAUUGGCUCAGCUCAUAAACCAAGGCUCUCUGUUUUCUGUUCUGAAAAGCAACUGUAUGCUCUACUUGUUGAUGAUCAAAACAAGAAGUGUUUAUUUUAUGGAAGUACUACACAGAAAUCUAUCCGUGGGAUCCCAUCUUGCAGUACCAAAGAAGCUGCAGAACGAGUUGGUGAAGAGCUUGUCAAGGCCUGCAUCAGACAGAACAUUAAUGAAAUAUCAUCUUUUGACCCCAACGGAUUUGCCCGAGGGCAACGAAUGGAGGCUUUUGAGAUUGCUAUUCGGAAACAUGGAUUUUUGCCACAUGGACGGUAACAAGGGAAGGCUUAUCUCAUCGCAUGUAAGUUAGCUUUUUUGGUUACAAGUUUCGUAGAUAGAAAAGAAACAACUGCAUCUGUUUGUUAAAUGUUUUAUGCAUUUUAAUUGAUAUGUAAAUUGUCGGAUUUUAGUAGCUUUUAAUGAGAUUGCUUAGGUCGAAGUUUGACAUAUUCUACUGCAUAGUUUUAUUGCAAUAUCUUCUUGUAUUAUACCCAACAUCUACAAUAUUUAGAAUUAUAACAUUACUCUUAAGCGAAUUGCUACAGGUUUUGGCACAAGUAAUGUUCCUACAUGCUCUCAUGCUUGUUGUCAUGGAACUCAUUCACGAUAUGUCUUGAUGAAUUCUCUCUCUGAAUUGUCUAAAAUAAAUAUCCAUGGUAGCAUAAAAUCGAAUGCACCUUUGUAUGGAAGGCAAUAGUAGCUUUUUUAUUUUUUAUUUUUUCUUUUUGGUUACAUUGGUAAGAUAUGGUAGCUUUAAUGACCUAUAUCGAACCACUAUCUUCAAAGGGUCGCUGAGAUCAUUUUAUGGUUGAGUACUAUAAUCUGGUGGCAUGAAGAUAUUUGCCUCUGCUGGAAAGUUUAUGUUCAUAAGAUUCUUAUGACGAGAUGAUAGAAAUGCUGCACAUGCGAACUUUUCACGGCACAUGUAUGUAUGUAUACCAUAUGCAAUUGUUUUAUGUAUGUAAUUGAAUGUAUAUGUAAGACAUUGACAUUCCCUAGCACCUUGCAAAAUUCUUAUAUUGUGAAUAGAGAAUGUUAUUAGCAUCAAUUUUGAACAAAAGAAAAGAGAUGGGUGGCAAAACUUCGAUCCUAAGUGCCAGCCUUUUCUAGGAAACGCUUUGUGAAUCCUAUCUGAUAGUCUUCUUUGCUGAUAGAGGGAGCCAUAGGAGCAUCUUUCUCCAUAACUGGGGCAAAGCAAUCACUGAAGAGGGACAUGGCCUUCGAAGCUCCCAUUUAUUAAUGAUCAUGUUUGGGGUCUCGGAGGGCUCAUUGGAGGAGUGUGAGAUUUUAAAUGCUCAACUCACUGGUAGGAGGGUCAGAAAGAAAGGGUGAUGAUGGCCUUCAGGAUGGGGGUG